UUUUGCAGGCUUUGCUGUGGAAUCUGAGAAAUGUUAGAAAUACAAAUAAUCAAGAUUGAAGAUCCAGGAUGUCUGUGGGCUCGAGUUCUGAAAGGACCAGGCAUUCAGCCGGACAGUCCGGAGGAUUAUGAGAACCUGAGAGUGAAAAUGAACCUCUUCUACCAUGAUGUCGACCUGGACGUUCAAAAACUAAAGCCUGCUGAACUGAAGGAGGGGCUGGUGUGUGUGCUGUUCAGUCUGGAUCUGAAGAGUUGGUGUCGAGCGGUAGUCGAGUCGGUCUUUCAGGGGACGGGGGACACUCAGGCUUGGUGCUUGUUAUUAGACCAUGGAGAUCGCAUCAUCGUCAGAGCAGAUGAUGUAAGAUCUCCUCUUGAGAGGUUCCUGCAGCUGCCUUUCAGAGUGAGACGCUUUAAAUUGGCUGGAAUUCGUCCAAUGACACUACAGGUGCCCAUCUCAGAAAACACAGCAGAGCUUGUUCCAUCUUCAACAUGGGACAGCUCUGCCACAAAAUACCUGCACAAUCUAUUACAAGUGUCGACUCUGGUUGAAGCCGUUCUGUGUGAAACCCAGUUAGGCUGCUCUGCCAUUGAACUCUACUUGACUAUCAAUGAAACAAAGAUCUGUGUGAACGAUGAGCUCGUGGCAAAGAAGUUUGCUUGUUUCAUGAGAGAGGAGUCCAGUGCGCUGGAGGGGAACAGGAAUGGAGAUCGCACUCCUAUCAGCCUGGCGUGGGACAUCUACUCCAGCCCUCACCAGCUCCUAGAAAUGAAAGGACGCUGCCCUAUCAAACCUCCACCGCCAGAUAUUCCCAUCAGAAAAGAGCGGAAAGAUGCUCCACAUACGGAAACAGAUGAAGUUUCUCAUUCAGAAAACCAGAAACCACAGGUGUCAGAGGAAGCGCACACGCCACGUCGAGCUCCUAAACUGACGCGCAAUGCUGGAACCGAUACUAUUGGCAGAGGAUGGCGUAUCAGAGCGGAGGCCACUGACAUCUUCUCAGAUGAAUGCUGUGGUCAGACUCGCAUGCACAAGCCUCAAUACAUGUUUGACACACUUUCACAUUCAAAGCAGAUUCCUCAACCUGAUCAAACCGAUAAUAACAGCAUUGCUCCGACACCAGCUGCAAGCUCACCAUCAUGUGCGAGUGACUCCUCUGAAGAGCAGAAAGUGGCAGCUCUCUCACAAGAGCCCAGUCUUGAAGAUCAGCUGACCUCUUCUAGACUUAUGCAGUUUCUAAACCCUGAUCCACUCAAUCCAGACCAAGAGUCUCUUGAUGCCAAAGUUGAACGCUGUAAUCCGGGACACUUGGGAGUUAUAGUGCACUCUGCCCUUCGUGUUGAACCCUGCCGUACCCUGACACGUGCACCCAUCAGUGAACAGUUCAGAAAGUUCCUGUUGUGGAGGAAGUAUAAUGGACCGAAUGUAGCAGAGAGUUACUGUUGGCCCUCUGUUGCACGAGGUUUUGACACUGUGCUGGUGUCACACAGCGGAGACAACCCUCUGUCCUAUAUUCCUCCUCUGCUGAUGCUGUUACAGACGGUUUCUGUCGUCUCCAGUCUCGCUGCUCGCAAUGGGCCCAUAGCAGUGAUCCUGUGUCCGGGCUGGGAGAAGGUUCAGACAGUGCUGGAGCUCCUGGAGGACAGUAAAGCAACGUACAACCUCCAUCCCACCAGUGUGCUGCUGGGUGUGGACCAGGAAGAGCCCAAGAAGUUCAAGAUCCAGAGGAACUGUCAGCUGCUGGUGACCACACCGUUCACCAUGAUGAGGCUGCUGGAUGCUCAGUGCUUCCUGUUCCUGAGACUGUGUCACCUGGUGCUGGAUGAGGCUGAUGUCCUGUAUUCACAAGCACCUGAGCAGAUGUCCGUAAUCCUGAAGCACUUCCAGAAGGUGGUCUCUGGAGAGGAGAGGUCGUCGUGCCCCAGGCAGAUCAUCGCAGUGGGCAGCCGCUGGAGCGCCGGGAUUGAGGCUCUGGUCAGAGAGCACAUGAUCUACCCCUCCGUCAUCAUCACCGUGAUGGAGGAGGCAGCUCUCUACGGCAGGGUACAUCAGAGGGUUCAGCUGUGUCUGGACUGCGACAAGAUCUCCGUUCUGCUCGGGUCGCUGGACUUCCACCCGCCCAAACCUCAGAAGACCCUCAUCAUUACCAACUCCGCAGAGGAGACCGAGCAUGUGUAUAAGGCUGUGGUCAACACGGCCGUCUUCACACUGAAAGCUCAUGAAGACGUGACGGAUCAGUUUGACUUCGUCAUUGAUCAGUGGAGGAAAGACAUCAGCCGUGGAACGCAAGUCAUUCUGGUCACCACCAAUGACUGUCUCAAGGCUCUCGGCAUCCGGGACGCCACGUGCGUGGUGCAUUAUGGGUUUCCCAGCUCCCCCAAACUCUUCGGCAGCCGCCUGUUCUGCAUGUCAGAGCAUUUCAGAAACCUCUCGGAUAUGGAUCAUGCCGAGAGCUCCUCUCCUGCAGCUCAGUCCGUGUGGCUGCUGUCGGAGCUGAACGCCCGUCACGUGUGUGGCGUCCUGCGGUACCUGAGGAGAAGCGGCGCUCUUCUGCCCCCGGAGCUGCUGACGUUCGCUCUGGGCGUCCAGCAGGCCAAAGAGGAGCAGAAGACCGACAGACACCUCUGCUCCUCGCUCAAGAGCUUCGGCUUCUGCAGAGACAGCACAGUUUGUCCGGAUCGACACAUGAUCAACAAAGCCCUGGAUCAGCCAAAGCACCCUGACUCUGGGAAUAUCAUGGUUUUGCCGCUGUGCAUAAAGUCAGCGAAUGUGUACUCGGGCCGCAUCGUGAGCCAGAAAGAGGAUCGUUACGAGACUCUCGCUGCUGAAAUGAACGCACACUACGCUAGUGAGAGACUCUGUGCUGUCCAAGUGCUGAAGGGAGAGCUUUACGCCAUCCAAGAGGAGAACAUCUAUAACCGGGUGCGUGUGACAGAGCUGCCGGAGAAAGGAGAGCAGCUGUUCAGCAGCGUCACUGCCUGCUUCAUAGAUGAGGGCCGCACACAGGAAGUGAAAUCACACCAGCUUCUCCAGCUUCCUCCUCGGUUCCAGGCUGUGCCCGACCAGGCUGUGGAGAUCAUCCUGUGCAGAGCGCAGCCCGUCGAUGGGGAGGUGGACUGGAACCCGAAGGUGACCAGAGCCAUCAGUCAGAAGAUCAGAGGGAAGCUGCAUCAGGCCAGGGUUGUGAUGAGUGUGGGAAAUACCGUCUGGGUUGAUCCUAUGGUGCGCAUGACGCGUGUUCCUGGUCUGAAGACCUACAUUAAUGAGUAUAACGUCCAUGCGGAGAUCUUGGCCUCUGGGUUUGGUGUCAAUAAUCCUCAGCAUGUGGAUCUGCUGAAGAGCGUUUUCCAGGGAGACGAGAACGCAGUCAUGCUCCAGCACUUAACGGAUGACAGGUUUGAGAGCCCGUCGUCAUCCUCUCAGCAGAGAGCUGAUGUUCUAGAAUACGCUCUGACCAGUAAGAUGAAGGAGUUAGUGAGCAGUCAUAAUGCAGUCAUGGAGUUCAGCCAGACUCCCAUCAGCCCCCAGAACUACAGUGCUGUCCAGUGCAAUGGAGACCUGAAGGACAGGAAUGAUGAUGAUUCUUCAGAGGGAAGCGGGGAUAUCAUGAGCCCUGAUCCGAAUGGAUUUUCAUCUCCGAACCCGACCAGACCUGCCAGCUCUGAAACAGACAGAGAUGAAGCCCUGAACAUCGACAAAUUGCAGGCAGUCAAUGAACCACAGAAUAUCCACAAUCCAGCCGCCUUCUUAUUCCAGCCGACCGGUUUUCACCCACAGAUCAAAUGGUUCCAGAGGGCCGAGCUGGUCACGAUCUACAUAAAGCUGAUCAGUCCAGUGAUGCAGAAGUGUGAAUUCCUCUCAGACGCAGUCAUUUACAGUGGGUACGUGAAUGACCGGCAUUACUACACAAAGCUCGAGCUGUCCGGUGACAUCCUCGCUGAGGAGUCCUCGUGGGAAAUGAGAUGCAAUGAGCCUGUGAUCAAGCUGAAGAAAAAGGAAAAGCGGGACUGGAGUUCACUCCUCAAACACAAGAGCCCAUUUGUCAGCUAUGAAUUUGACCACAUUGACGAGACUCGUGUUUCUUCAGUAAACGGGCACUUGUUCCUGGCUGAGGUGGGAGAGGAGGGCUGUUACGUCAGCUCUGAGAGCGACAGCGACAGUGACUGAAGACAACCAAUCCCAAAUACUGAACUCUUGUACAGUACAUUCAGUAGCUGAAAUACAGAUCCAUUUCAUUUCCUUUAAUUGCCCAAUAAUAAUAAUAAUAAUAAUAAUAGUAAUUUCAGUAUUUGUUUUGUUUAUACAAUGUCUAUUGAAUGGCUCCCCUAGAGUUAAACAGUAGACUUUUACCAUUUAAGAAUCCAUUCAGCCGAUCUCCGGGUCUGGCGGUAGCACUUUUAGCUUAGCUUAGCAUAGAUCAUUGAAUCGUAUUAAACUGCUAGCAUCUCACUCAAAAAUUGUGUAAUGAAUAGUUACUAUUUUCUUGGCUGGGGGUAAGCAAGUUGGGUCCUGGAGAGCCUUGGUCCUGCAGAGUUCAGAUCCGACCCUAAUCAAACAUACCUGAACAAGCUCCUCAAUGUCUUCAGGAUUACUAAUCUACAGAAAAGUGAGGGGUUUUUUCAGGGUUGGAGCUGAACUCUGCAGGACUCCGGCUCAACAGGACAAACUAGCUGGGGACUAUUGUUUUGGGGGGGACUAAUAUUACUGCGCAUGCUGCACCCAUUGUGCGGCAAGAAAGUUCCUUGAUGAUUACGCCGGAUUGAGAGUAUAGUUCCUAGCCAAAUCGGCCUAGAAAAUCGCAACUUUUCAUUUUCCAUCGGUCUUAGUACACGAUGUAAUUACAGAAGAGUAAAGUUUUAAAUAGGAAAAAUAUCGAAACUCUUUGGUCAUUUUUGAGCGAGAUGCUAACGGUCCAAUCUGAUCCUAUGAUCUAUGCUAAGCUAAACGUGCUACCGCCAGACCUGGAGAUCGGCUGAAUGAGAUUGAAAACAUUAAAACUCGACCAUUUAACUCUAAGGGAGUUGGAAAAUAAGCCUAUUUUCAAAAAUGAUGGAGUGUUCCUUUUAAGUUCAACUAGUUUUGUUCAAAUGUUUUGUGAAUGUCAACCUUGCUGAUUGAUUGCAGUGCAAAAUGUUUUUUUUUUCAUAAUCUUUUUUUUUUUCGUUUUCAUAAAUUAAUACACAUUGUGUAACAUAAUUUUGUGUGUUCUUUAUGA